AGGAUUUUUUUAGAAAAUGUAAUAAUUUUUUGGCUUCAAAUGUAAAAUUUAAGUAAAAUGUCCUUCGAAUAUUAUUCGAAAUGGUGGGCUGGCACCAGAAACGCUUUGGAGCAGUUGAGGGCCAAAGAUGAAAUUUUUGUUAAAGCGACUGAUAAGAAAAUAAGAGACCGGAAUUUGGCCAGUCAUUUGAUCGGAGGAUUGUAUGCGAAAUACAGCAUGAUGGUCCAAGAUUUAGGCACAAUUUUGGAUCAAAUGGCUCAACCUCAAAAGCGCAUAAUUGUACGAAAAUUAAUGGACACAGCUACGGUUCGUCUUCAUGAAUUAAACGAAGAAUUAAGAAAUGUUGAUAUUUCUGAAUAUCACUACAUAGAUGGUGCUUUAAUUGAAUUAAAACUGGUACCACAGGAUGUCGAAAUUUUAGACCCAAUGUUGUAUUAUCUCAGACAUUAUAAUAUGGAAGAACUUUGGACAAAAAUAAAAAAUGGUGAAAAAAUUUACACACCGCCUCCGCCACCUCCGCCCCCACCAGAUGAGGCAGAAGGUGAAGAAGAAGGUGUAGAAACCAAAGGAGAAAAAUCAAAAUCCAAGGAAAUUGUUGAGCCAACUCCUGAGGAAAUAGCCGAAUCCGAGAAAAAGGCUAAAAAACGACCCAAGAAAUUUGCCCCUGAAGUAAAAGAACUUACCGAAGAAGAGCUAAAAGAUAUAAAACGAAAAGAACAAAUUACCUCCGCUGUUAUUCUAAUCCAAAAUCAUGAACGUGGUAGACAAACAAGGAUAUAUUUUGACGAAAAAUGGAAAGUAAAUGAAUAUAGGAGAAAAAUAAGGGAAGGUUUUAAACCUGAACCUGUUGAUUUAGAAACGCAAGAAAAAGCUUCUCUUCAUAUUCAAAGAUACUGGCAAGGACAUUGCGCAAGACAGCUGGUGAAAAGAAAAGAAUUGGAAAGAAGAUAUUUGAUUAAAAUGAUUGAACCUAGUUGGAAAUCAAACGAAGAGUUUGAGAAAUUAGAAAGAAAUUUACAAAAACGACGCGAUAUAAGAGAUCAAAGAAUUAAAGAAUACAUUGAAGCAAAUUUAAAUGAAAGAACAAGAGUUUUCAAAGUUAUUGGUCCUCGUUUGAUGGAAGAUAUAGGAGAUGAAAUUAGAGAAUGGUUUUAUCAGUGGUACACUCAAGUCAAAAAUUUUGAUAAAUAUCCACCGGAAGAAAAAGGUGGAACGGUUUUAGUAGUCCGAGGAGAAACGCUAACUCCGAAAGAGUGGAUUGAUGAGUAUAACAGGAAAAAAAGAGAGAAAGUCAAAAACCAAGGACGAGAUAAAGAAAAGUUGAAAGCUGAAAAAGAAAAACAAAAGAAAUUGUUGGCUGAUUUGAAGAAGAAAGAAAAAGAGAAAGCGAAAAAAGAAAAAUUGAGAAAGAAAAAGAAAAAAUUGAAACCCUGGGAUUUUGAACUUGAAUAUGAACCAACAGUGGCUAAAGAACCGUACGAAAAUGCCAUUGAGGAGUACCACCGGAUUUUUGAUGAAAGAAAAGAUGAGGAUAAUCCUGAUGAAAAGCAUUACAUGGAUAUAAUACACGAAGAAAAAUGCUAUGAAAUGCAACUAGAAUUGAGGAAAGUUGUAGACGAAAUGAUGAGGCUUGAACUUGAAAUGUUGGAAGACGCUCUAAUGAAAGACCGCGCCAAACGCAAAGGCAAAAAAUACAAAAAGAAAAAAAAGAAGAAGAAAAAAGGUAAAAAGAAGAAGAAAAAAGGAAAAAAGGAUCCCACUGGUGAUAGAAGUGUGGAAGAUCUAUUUCAAGAAUUGGUUGAUAAUGGAAUUAUACAUCCUUACAAACACCAUUAUUUAAAAGAAUAUAAAGGAGAUUUUAGUUAUAAUAAUUGGGAGCGAAGAAAUUGGGGUUUUGAUCCUCCGGCAACCCUUGGUGAUGUCCGACAAGCCGUCAAAAUUAACUGCAUUGCACCUUUAAGUACCGAAAAGAUGAUUAAACCACGCUCGACUCUUUUAAUUGGACCAAGACAAAGCGGAAAGCACCUUCUUGCCAAUGCGGUUUUUACAGAGAGCAAAAGUGUGCUUUUUGAUUUGUCGCCGGAAGUUCUAGCUGGAAAAUAUCCAGGCAAAAAAGGAAUGAAAAUGUUGCUACAUUUGGUGAAUAAAAUGGCCCGGAUUUUACAACCUUCGGUCAUAUAUUUUGACGCAGCUGAAAAAAUCUUCUACAAGAAAGUUCCAAGAGGAGAGAGGCACUUAGAUCCGAAGCGGAUUGGUAAAAAGCUCCAAAAAGGUAUUGUUAAGACUAUAAAAUCCGAAGAUCGAGUCAUGGUUUUUGGGAUUAGUGCUCAGCCUUGGUUAGGAAAGCCGGGGAAAAUGAAGAAAGUUUUUGAAAGGGUAAUUCUGAUUCCUCGUCCCGAUUAUGGGAGCAUUUAUCUGUAUUGGAGAGAAUUGUUGAUGCCUUAUCACGGCAUUGAUCGAAAUAUUGACAUCUCUUGUUUAGCCAAACUCACAGUGAAUUACCCCUUACCAGUGUUGAAACAAGUGGUUGAAAAAGUGUUGACCCCUCUUAGGAUAAUUCAGCUCAGUUACAAUCCUUUGAGACAGUCCGAACUGUACGAGGAGUUAGUAACAGUGGAUUCAAUUACGGAUAAAGAGUAUAAGAAAUUCUUAAAGUUUUAUAAGAAAAUUCCUUUGAUGAAAGAACGAGGAAGACUAAACAAGUACUUGGAGUUGAAGCGCGAACAAGAAUCCAAAGCUAAAGAAAAGCAGCAGCAGAAAGCGGCGACUAAGAAAUGACCGUGUUUGUAUUUCGUCUUGUUUUGUAUUAUAGAAUUAUUGAUCGAG